AUGAGGACUAUAUAUAUCUGCAAAAGUCUCAUAUCACUCUCUCUCAACAAUUCUUCACAUCUCAACAAAACCCCAAUCUCUCUUUUCUCUCUCCUCUUCUUCUCUUCCUCUCCAAAAAGCCCCAAUGCGGUGGCUGAUUACUUGAUUGAGAGACACAAAUUUUCUCUUGAAACUGCUUCGAAAGUCUCUUCCUCUCCAAGAAGCCCCAAUCUGAAAAGGCCUGAAAAGAUCGAUUCGAUUCUGUCAUUUUUGCAGGAAAGUGGUUUUUCGGAUACCAAUGUCGAGCGUGUCAUCAAACACGCGCCUCAACUUCUCUCUGCAAAUCUUGAGCUUUCCAUCAAACCCAAAUUCAAGUUUUUUCAAGACUUGGGUAUUUCUUCUAGCGGUAUUGUGCAAAUUGUUUCGUCUGACCCUCUGAUUCUAACUCGUAGCGUUGAAAGUCAUCUUGGCCCAUCGAUUUUAGCAUUGAAGAGUGUUUUGGUUUCAAAUAUGGAUGUGUCUAGGGUUUUAAAGAAAUCUGGGUGGUUUUUCAGGUAUGAUAUGGCGAAAACUAUGAUACCCAAUAUUGAAUUUUUGAAGAGCUGUGGCAUUAGUUCGUCGCAAAUAACACGAUGUGUCUAUAAUACCCCAACAUUUUUCUCGAAUAAACCGACGAGAGUUAGAGAAUUAGUGAAGAGGGUUGAUGAGAUUGGGUUUGACAGGAAGUCUAAGAUGUUUCUUCAUGCGAUUCUGGCAAUUAGUUGGAUGACUAAAGAGAAUUGGGAGUUGAAAUUGGAGGUGUUUAAGAGUUUGGGGUUUUCGGAAGAUGACAUUUUGUCAGUUUUUAGGAGACAUCCUCAGGUAUUUGCUCAGUCAGAGAGGAAAAUUAAGGAGACAACACAGCUUUUGCUUAGCACGGGCAAAUGUGAUAUCUCAUAUGUUGUUAAUUACCCAGACUUACUUGGUUAUAGUGUUGAGAAUAGGCUUAAGCCACGGCUAAGAGUUGUGGAGGUUUUGGAAAGCAGGAAUUUGCUUCUUAACAAGCCUAGUUUGGGGACUGUAUGCAGGAUCACUGAGAGGAAGUUUUUUGAGAAAUAUGUACUCCCAUAUUCAAAUGAAGUUGGCGAAUUAUUUGUGUUUAAGAAGGCCUCAUCGAAAGCAUAA